CUGCUCGCUUCCGGCGUCGGUUCCGGACGGCCGUGCACCUUCUAGGAAAUGCCAGGGGGCCUUCGCCGGCACCCCGCGCCGCCGACGUCGCUCCCCUCCGCCUCCGGCCCUGCCAGGCCCCCGCACAGCUCGCCGCGGAGGCCCCCCGGGCUCCUCGGUGGCGGCCACGCGUUGGCUGACCGGUGCCCCGAGAAUGCCCGGCUGUGACUGAGGGAGGCCUGGCGAGGGGGCCCGGGCGGGGACUGGCCGGGUGAGGGCUCGGCGUGAAGGCGGACAUGGUCCUGGCCGGCCGCGGAGCCUCCGGUGAGUCUGGACUUGCGCCUCGGGCGGCCCGGCCAACCCCGGCCCCGGCGGAGGGGCGGGUCCCCGCCUUGGCACAGGGUCUGCGCUGACCGGCGGCCCCCGCGCGGCCAUGGAGAAGAUGUCCCGCGUGACCACCGCCCUGGGCGGCGGCGUGCUGACCGGCCACACCAUGCACUGCCACCUGGACGCGCCGGCCAACGCCAUCAGCGUGUGCCGGGACGCGGCGCAGGUGGUCGUGGCCGGGCGCAGCAUCUUCAAGAUCUACGCCAUCGAGGAGGAGCAGUUCGUGGAGAAGCUGAACCUGCGCGUGGGCCGCAAGCCCUCGCUCAACCUGAGCUGCGCAGACGUGGUCUGGCACCAGAUGGACGAGAACCUGCUGGCGACGGCGGCCACCAACGGCGUGGUGGUCACCUGGAACCUGGGCCGGCCGUCGCGCAACAAGCAGGACCAGCUGUUCACGGAGCACAAGCGCACGGUGAACAAGGUGUGCUUCCACCCCACCGAGGCCCACGUGCUGCUCAGCGGCUCGCAGGACGGCUUCAUGAAGUGCUUCGACCUGCGGCGCAAGGACUCGGUCAGCACCUUCUCGGGCCAGUCUGAGAGCGUGCGUGACGUCCAGUUCAGCAUCCGGGACUACUUCACCUUCGCGUCCACGUUUGAGAACGGCAACGUGCAGCUCUGGGACAUCCGGCGCCCGGACCGGUGCGAGAGGAUGUUCACGGCCCACCACGGCCCCGUCUUCUGCUGCGACUGGCACCCCGAGGACAGGGGCUGGCUGGCCACGGGCGGCCGGGACAAGAUGGUGAAGGUCUGGGACAUGACCACGCCUCGCGCCAAGGAGACGCACUGUGUGCAGACCAUCGCCUCGGUGGCCCGCGUCAAGUGGCGGCCCGAGUGCCGCCACCACCUGGCCACCUGCUCCAUGAUGGUGGACCACAACAUCUACGUGUGGGACGUGCGCCGGCCCUUCGUCCCGGCCGCCAUGUUCGAGGAGCACCGCGACGUCACCACCGGCAUCGCCUGGCGCCACCCGCACGACCCCUCCUUCCUGCUCUCGGGCUCCAAGGACAGCACGCUGUGCCAGCACCUGUUCCGUGACGCCAGCCAGCCCGUGGAGCACGCCAACCCCGAGGGCCUCUGCUAUGGCCUCUUUGGGGACCUGGCCUUCGCUGCCAAGGAGAGCCUGGUGGCCGCCGAGGCCGGGCGCAAGCCCUAUGCGGGCGACCGGCGCCACCCCAUCUUCUUUAAGCGCAAGCUGGACCCGGCCGAGCCCUUCUCGGGCCUGGCCUCCAGCGCCCUCAGUGUCUUCGAGACGGAGCCGGGAGGGGGCGGCAUGCGCUGGUUUGUGGACACGGCGGAGCGGUACGCCCUGGCCGGCCGGCCGCUGUCCGACCUCUGUGAGCACAACGCCAAGGUGGCUCGGGAGCUGGGCCGCAACCAGGUGGCACAGACGUGGACCAUGCUGCGCAUCAUCUACUGCAGCCCCGGCCUGGGGCCGGCCGCCGGCCUCGGCCACAGCCUGGGCAAGGGCGGCCCCUGCGGCCUGCCGCUCAUGAACAGCUUCAGCCUGAAGGAUAUGGCCCCAGGGCUGGGCAGCGAGACGCGGCUGGACCGCAGCAAAGGGGAUGCCCGGAGUGACGCAGCUCUGCUGGAGUCCUCGGCCACGCUGCUCACCAACGAGGACAACGAGGAGACGGAGGGCAGCGACGUGCCCGCCGACUACCUGCUGGGCGACGCCGAGGGCGAGGAGGACGAGCUGUACCUGCUGGAGCCGGAGCACGCUGCCCCCGAGGAGCCGGAGUACGUGCUGCCGCAGGAGGCCUUCCCGCUGCGCCACGAGAUCGUGGACACGCCCCCCGGGCCCGAGCACCUGCAGGACAAGGCCGACUCUCCGCACGUGAGCGGCAGCGAGGCGGACGCGGCGUCGCUGGCGCCGGUGGACUCCGCCUUCUCGCUGCUGUCCGUGUCGCACGCGCUGCACGACAGCCGCCUGCCGCCCGACUUCUUCGGCGCGCUCGUGCGCGACAUGCUGCACUUCUACGCCGAGCAGGGCGACGUGCAGAUGGCCGUGUCCGUGCUCAUCGUGCUGGGCGAGCGCGUGCGCAAGGACAUCGACGAGCAGACGCAGGAGCACUGGUACACGUCCUACAUCGACCUGCUGCAGCGCUUCCGCCUCUGGAACGUGUCCAACGAGGUGGUGAAGCUGAGCACCAGCCGGGCGGUCAGCUGCCUCAACCAGGCGUCCACCACGCUGCACGUCAACUGCAGCCACUGCAAGCGGCCCAUGAGCAGCCGCGGCUGGGUGUGCGACCGCUGCCGCCGCUGCGCCAGCGCCUGCGCCGUGUGCCACCACGUGGUCAAGGGGCUGUUCGUGUGGUGCCAGGGCUGCAGCCACGGCGGCCACCUGCAGCACGUCAUGAAGUGGCUGGAGGGCAGCUCCCACUGCCCGGCCGGCUGCGGCCACCUGUGCGAGUACUCCUGACACCAAUAAAGUGGGCGCGAGCGCGCCGUCUGUC